AUGAACAAUGGUGUGAUGACAAUAACAUGUUCAAGAUUCAUCGGUGGUGGCAGCACCUGCCGCUACAAAUUGCGGGCUAGUAAUGAUAUCAUAACAAACGUUAUGAGGAGUUAUUGUGAGUUGAUCUACAAAUAUUACGAAAUGUUUAAAAUGAACGUGCCGAGUUUGAAGCAAGACAAUCGCCAAUUAAAAAUGUCCAGUGCGAGUAACUUGCCAGGUGGCAAUGGAGGAGCGAUUGGUGCUGGCAGCAGUGCAGCUUCGUUCCGAGACUUCCAGGAGAGUGUCGACGACGCCUGGGACUCGGGAGAUGACGAGUUUUGCAUGGUUUCCGAUGUAAAAAUAUCCAAACGCGUGAGUCAGUCCGCUGCGAUGAGCGUAAUUAACAGCCACCGCAGCGGCGAGGGUCGGAGUGACAACCAAGUUGGGAAAACUCAGGAAAUAAUACCAGAAGAAAAAAGAAUGGAGGCGUUGCAGCGACUAGCUGUCCAACCGCUCCAUCUUCGUAAUGACCGCACCAACACGACUGUCGUAUGCCCAAACAGUCGCAGUAAAUGCAACAAUUUACAAACAGAAGCAGACACUCAGGUUAAAGAAAAAGUGGUAUGCUCGCCUUAUCGAGGUAACUCACAUUACCCAGGUAGACCUCAAGCUUUCAGACCGUCCUCGACGCCUUCUAGAUAUUUUGUACCAUUUAAGGAGCAAGACGGUGAAAGUAAAGUGGAUAAAUUUCAAAGUCUCUUGGACGCUUCGCUUCUUAAUUUAGACGAGUUACGGCAAUUGUCCUGGUCUGGAGUACCAGCCAAGUUACGGUCUAUUAUUUGGAGACUUUUAUCGGAAUAUCUGCCGGCUAAUUUGGAGAGACGUCAACAAGUACUGGAGCGUAAACGCUUGGAUUACUUGAGUCUCGUAAAGCAGUACUAUGACGUUGAAAGAGAUGAAGCUUUUCAAGAUACAUAUCGACAAAUUCACAUUGAUAUCCCCCGAAUGUCUCCUCUAAUUUCGUUGUUCCAACAGAAGACCGUGCAACUGAUUUUCGAGAGGAUACUAUACAUAUGGGCAAUACGACACCCCGCGUCUGGUUAUGUCCAGGGCAUGAAUGACCUGGUAACACCAUUCUUCCUGGUUUUUCUGCAAGAAGCCCUGCCGGUUUCCGCUUGGCAAGACCUUGAGAAUUACGAUGUAGCCUCGCUGGACCAAAAACAAAGAGAUAUUAUUGAAGCUGACAGCUUUUGGUGCCUAUCCAAGUUUCUAGAUGGUAUUCAAGAUAAUUAUAUCUUUGCUCAAUUAGGUAUUCAACACAAAGUUAACCAACUUAAAGAACUAAUACAGAGAAUCGACGCGCCACUUCAUCAACAUUUACACCAACAUGGCGUUGAUUAUCUUCAAUUUUCGUUUAGAUGGAUGAAUAAUUUAUUGACCAGAGAAAUACCUCUUCACUGUACGAUACGACUUUGGGACACAUAUCUCGCCGAGUCAGAUCGCUUUGCAUCCUUUCAAUUGUACGUUUGUGCAGCUUUUCUCCUCAGAUGGAGACGUCAUCUUCUCGCGCAACCCGAUUUUCAAGGAUUAAUGUUGAUGUUACAAAAUUUACCGACCCAAAACUGGACCGAUUCCGAGAUAGGCGUUCUCGUAGCAGAAGCUUAUAAAUUAAAGUUCACUUUUGCCGACGCACCGAACCAUCUUCAGGCCCACGAUGCCAGGUGA